AUGCAAACAUUCAGUUGUGGGGAGGCGCUCGGGGGACACCUAGGAGUUGGGUGCGGGCAGUGCUUUCCCAUCAAAGAGUUCGUCCCGAUACCUCGACUUCAGGUCUCCAUCAUGGCUUGUUCGGGCCUCAAGGUCAAGGAGAUUGCGAGUGGGAUGUAUCACACUGUUUGUUUGAUUGAGGGGGGUAGCGUCUUCGCAUGGGGUCGAAACAACGACGGGCAGUGCGGUGUAUUGCCGAGCGAACAACCAAUCUGCUAUGUACCCACGGAAGUGAUGAUUCUGCGAUGGACGGUUGUUACAAAGGUCGCAUGUGGAUGUUGCCAUAGUCUAGCAAUCACAGAACACGGGAGGUUGUUUUCUUGGGGUUGGGACAACUAUGGCAAAAUCAUUCAAAAUCAAGACGUCAACAUCCAUGCAGAGAGCCCACGAUUGACAGAAGACGUGAUAACAAUCUUUGCUGGGUUGCCUGCUCAAACUCAAAGAACGCUAUCGGAUCCAACUGAGGUGUUCAUCAAAAGUGGUGAAUGUGAGGCAGUUGUUGUCGACGUUUCUGGUGGAUUUGGAUUCACGAGCUGCAUAACAUUAGGAGGGAAGGUUUACUCGUGGGGCUUCAAUGACCAUGGGCAGCUCGGGAAUGGGACUAACAUGUCAUACAUGAUUGUUCCAACAAAAGUUGAAUUUUUCCUUUCCUACAAGUGCCUGUCUGUGGCGUGCGGGUUCGAUUACACCUUUGUUAUUGCAAGACAAUUGCACACUGGCUGGGAAAAAGUGAAUGCCUUCGGGGGGAACAGCAGUGGUCAGUUGGGCUUGGUGUACACGAGCGGAGUAAGCCGGUCGGAAUCGAGGGCUCCAGUCAGCAACGAGAAGCAAGCCAGGAUUUGUCCGAGUACUGGGACUGUUGCCGCGGUCUGGGCAACACCGACAUGGUUGGAGCUGCCCGAGCAGAUUUACAGGCUUCAUGAGAUUUCAUGCGGGCCUGACGCAAGACACACCUUCGUGCACUUUUCGAGGAGAUUGUCAGCGGAGUCAGAGGUUGCAGUGCUGAUGAGUAUGCAUCCGCGCCUGGGAGAGAACAGCCUUCUCCGACUCUUAGAGAGUGACCUGCUUCGCCUCAAGUCGGAACUCCGGCCGUUGAACUUCGGAAUCUGA